AUGGAACGCUACCGAAAAGGAAAGGAAGCGAACGAAACAGUCUACGAUACAUCACAUCAAUUUUUAUCCAGUAAUCGUGAAUAUUCAAAUCUCACUUCUCCUAAACAAAUUCACUCAGCUUCUGACACCAAAGUAUUUGGACAAGUGUCGCAAAGGCUUGAGCCAGAAUAUAAAAACAAAUAUACGAAACAAGAACAAAGAAAAUCACGAUCAAAAGCCUUUGGUGGAAGUGGUUUUAAGAACAAAUUGAAUUCUGGACUAUCGCAUAGAUCAAAAUCUGUUGGUCUCGAAUCAGGAAUUAAGCGUUCCACAUCAUCGCGACAGGAAAAUUGGGAUCGUGCUAAAAGGAUUAUUGGAGGAUCAAGGAGAUCUUUUAAUGAUUUGAAAACAGAAAAUUCUAAGCUUACAAUGUCACUCGAUAGAAUUGCAAUGGCUGCAAGUGGCUCCCCACGUUUUAAGUCUUCCCAUGGUUCGUUAUUCGUUGGUGAUGGUGGUAUGUCUACAUUCGAGAAGAUGUCACGCAUGGAUUUGGUGCUAAAUAUCGAUUCCAGUCAUCAGGAGAUACAGCCAUCAACAUCAAUGAACAGUCUUAGUCCAAUGCCUGGCUUAGUGAAAAUACCACCGAAAAAGUUCGGUUUUAAUCGGACCAAACAACUAUUGGCGCAGAAUUUACAAAAAUCAAUCACAGGAUCGUAUUCGAAAUAUGAUGGCGAGCGUGCCACACAUCACUAUAAUCCAGAAGAUCCGAUGAAUAUGCCGGCAAUGGUCGACUGCUUAGAAUCAGCGGUAAAAAAAGGACGUGAACGCUUAUUAGAAGCUGAUCGCCGCAAUUCUGAUUUCGUUGAAGAACUUUCAUUCAGGGGACAUUCGAAUCGAUAUCCUAAAAGGAAUCUGAAUUCAUUUCCUAGUGGAUGCUCGAAAUCCAUGGGUGUAACACAUAAUUUGGCUAGUCAGGUGAUUCAUGAACGAACCGGAUCGCGCGAAGAAACAGAUGUUUUGAAUCAAGAUUCUAGCACAAGUUCAUCUACUGAUAUUACGGAAUCAAAAAUGAAAAAAAAGUUAGUUGUAAAUUCUGAUUUACCAAAAACACAAAGUACAGAGCCUUCUUUAGCGACAAGUGCUCCACCGAUUCCACCCAAAACUUAUCUUUUAAAGAAAACUGCACCAUCGGAUCAACUAUCAAUACAGGUGAAUAACACCACCGACCGAUCACAUGCUUCAUCAUCGGUUUCUAAGACACAAAUAACCCCGAGCUCAUCACCAACGAAAAAAAACCAGAAUCAUAACAAUUUACCUGAGCUAAGCAAAUUGACGGGCAACUACUGCGAUUUAAUACAGAGUAUUGAUAGCACUUGUGUAUCUCGUAAGCCAUCUGAAACCAAUCGUACUUUAUAUGUUAGUAUCGACUCAGUCGCUACAGUUGCUGCUUCAAAGGCGCAAGCAACAAUGAUGGAGGUUAGGGAGCGACAAUAUCAAGUGAACGGUUUGCAGACGAAUGGUAAAUAUUACUCAGAAUUAUCCCUUAAUGGUCGUAAAAAAACUCGUCGUUCGCUGGAUCAACCAAGGCAGAAAGAUUCGUUUGUUCGACGUUUUUGGAGGCGGCCAACUUUUUCCCUUUCUUAUACAGAUCUUCGAUUUUGA